AUGGAAACGGGGCCCAGAGGCUGCCCUAGCGUCAGGAAGGAACCGCAGGAAAUCUGCUCCCCUGGAUUACUUGUGUUCACUGGCUGCUCUGAGCAGGAUGCCAACUUGGCUAAGCAGUUUUGGCUCGGGGCAUCCAUGUACCCCACUACCGAAUCUCAGCUGGUGCUGACCCGAGGCAGCAGUCAGAGGCUACCGGUGGCGCGGAACUCUAAAGUCCUUGUGAGCGAGAGAAAUUCUGACAAGCCCUUUCCCUUUGAUCACAACAAGGAAGAGAUUCUCUUUGCUAAAGUCCAAAAGGCUCAGGAAUCUGAAGAGAAAGCAAACUAUCUCCAAAAGGCCAAGAAGAGAGAUGAGAUUCUCCAACUUUUAAGGAAACAAAGAGAAGAGAGGAUCUUGAAAGAACUGAUUUCAUUACCUUAUAAACCUAAGGCCAAGAUGCCCAAAUCAGAGGAAGUUUUAUCAGAGUCAGACCUGAAGGACCAAGAAGAAGUCAAAGCCUUGGAAUGAUCUGAUUGGCAUAUGGUAGCAAGUACUGACGUGUGUACACCCUUAAAGCAAGUUAUACCUCCAUCAGGAUCAGUAGGCAAAUGAUGUGCAGUUUCCCAGGAAUUUGACAA